UAGCACCACAGUGGUAAAGAUUCCAGGCACCCCUGGGGCAGGAGGUCGUCUCAGCCCUGAGAACAAUCAGGUACUGGCGAAGAAGAAAUUACAAGACUUAGUAAGAGAAGUGGAUCCUAAUGAGCAGUUGGAUGAAGAUGUGGAAGAGAUGCUGCUGCAGAUUGCUGAUGAUUUUAUUGAAAGUGUGGUGACAGCAGCCUGCCAGCUUGCUCGACAUCGCAAGUCCAGUACCCUGGAGGUGAAAGAUGUCCAACUUCAUCUAGAAUGCCAGUGGAACAUGUGGAUCCCAGGGUUUGGCUCUGAGGAAAUCCGACCUUACAAGAAAGCCUGCACCACAGAAGCCCACAAGCAGAGAAUGGCACUUAUCCGGAAAACAACGCAGAAAUGACACAGAGGGUCAGGGCAUGGACACCGUUCACAUGUAUUUGCAGAUACUUGAGCUGAGACCUUAGCCAUCUCAUCU